GACGCUACCGGUAGGUCACGUGAUUGCCUUUCGGUGCUGUGUCUACUGCUCGAAAAAUCGGGAAAGUGUAUCGUCGGAUCGUCACUUGACGCACUCAAGCGCGUUGUAUCGCCGUCAGAAGAUUAGCACCACUCACGCGUGAUGUCAGGCACCGAAAUUAUCCUUAUCGGCGCGGUGGUAGUCGCCGUGAUCAACGGUUGAACGGUUAUACGUCAGAUCUACGCGGAACAACCACCUUUGUUCCAGUGGCAUGUCCGGUGGCAUGUGGCUCCGACAUGACGAGUGCGCCGAACCGGAAAACCUCCAUGGACUUGAAGCAAGCUUGGCACCGAUUUAUCGCAGUGCCUGCCAAAAAUCGCGAGCUGCAGAACAAAUUGCUGGAUGUGUUCCUAGUCAAGCUGAUCUCUCAGUACAGAGAUGUGCCCAGCUCUACAUACCUAACGGAAUGGGCCAGCGCCGGAAACGUGCUGGCCCACCAGCUGAUGCUGGAGGUGCACGAGGCUUGCAAUAGCGAGGACCCCGUGCCCUGCCGAGAGUUCCUCUUGUCCGGGCGCGGAUGGAAGCUGCUGUGGGCCAUGGUCCGAAUCGGAGCUCAGGCACUGCCAUGCUGCAAGGAGGUGGCGCGGGUGGCCAUAUCGCUGCUGUCCUUCUGCUCGAAGUUCGGAGAGCCCUGGGAAUCGGGCACAUUCCAAUGGCACUUCGAGCAACCCAGCCUCAUCUCCUGCUCGGCCGCUGGCUCCAGUACAACGAGCCACACGCCCAAACGCCGCCGCCGCCGCCGCUCCAGCCAGCCAUCCACCGACACCCCCGCUUGCUCUUCAGACUCGACCGAUUCCGACGGAAGAGGAGUUCCUCCUCCGCUUCUUCGGAUCAGCACGUUUCUGUUCCCCACUGUGCACCCCGCUGCUGACUCGGCCAGCGAGGGUUGGGACGACCGGCCGGAGGGAGGGAGCGCGAGGCCAAGCUCGUCCCAAGAGCUCCCACUGACGGAGUCGGAAGCGGAACUCUCGGCGGCGCAAGUGUCGCCGUCUUUCCUACUACAUUGCCUGGUGACACUCUUGAGGCAGGCGUGCGGUGCGUCAUGCAAGGGUGACCGUCGGCGCGCGCUCUCUGCUUCGCUCUCGGCGUUGACCCUCCCGGGCGCCGUCGACCUCCUGGACAGUCUCGCGCACCUGCCCAACACCGACCCCCAACUCCGUCGGCUCCUUGGAGAAUCGGACUGCGCUUCGCUGGCCCGCGCCACGUUGCGUCUUGUGGUGACAGCGUCUUCGCAACUGCUGGUCGCUGGCACAGGCUACGCCCACCCGUCCAUCCGCAAGUUUGAAGUUCUCAACUCUGUCCUCGACGCCACGAGAGGUGCCCUCGAAUCCGGCGAUUCUGCUGCCGCGGCGGAUUAUCUCGUCGCGUCGCUCAUCGUUCUGCGCGACGCGGUCCGCUUUUUCCCGGCCUCCGAGGCGUCGUCCAUCCGCUGGCUUGUCGACGCAGUGCACGCGUUCUGUUCCCUCGGAGGCACACAGCUUGCAGUGUCGGUUGCAGAAGCCGCACCCGUCCCGUCCGUCCCCGACCUGCUCUCGGAGAUCGUCCUCUCGCUCAAGCGUGCCAAGGUGGCACGAAGGAAGGAGGGUGCUGUGCAGCUGCACCACCACGACGCAUCGCUCGGCACGAGGCAGCGCCACAGCGUUGCCGAGCACUCCUGCAGCUGCUGCAUCGCCGCACUGUGCCGUGCACUGCUUCGCUGGCGCCCGCUCCCUAUGAAAGCGCUCAGUCGCUGCGGUGUGUGUUGCUGCCUCACUCUCAGCGAUGUGAGCGUUCCUCUUCUUCGAGGAUUGAGUACGAAGACGGCAGAAGAGAGGGAGAGUCUGCUCGAGUUACUUCAGAGGUGUAUUUAUAACCAGCUAGGUCUCUACACGCACACGUGCCCCAGUUGCCUGGAGCGUUCGGAAACCGGGGAAGACGCUUGCGCUGCCUACGCGGAACUACUCGGCAACGAAAAUGCGGAGGUCCAGUUGUCUGUCGGGAAGCACCUGCUCUCUGUCUUGGGGCCGGCAAGGCCCUUCUUUCGGAGCGUGCUCUGUUCCCGCGUGGCUCUCCCCUGCUUUCUUACGCUCGGCGAGUCGAGUGCGUCUGUUGCAGGGGAUCCGGAGUCCAGCCCUACUUGGUUUGCCCUGUCUGCCUUCGCCCUUCUUGGGCCAUCUGCCUCACCACUGUUUCCGCACGACUCGAAGCAGACGAAGAUCCUCUACAGCCUCCUCUCCAACUCCACGGCGCCCGUCUUCCGACAUGCCGCGCUGCUUCUCCUCGAAACCCUCAUCUUGUCGUCUGGCCAUGGCGCCGCCACCGAGAAUGCCACCACAGAUUCCGCAAAAGAUAAACAUGCAGACGACCGUGGUGACGGCUGCGAACCGCGGAAAGCAGACACUGAGGCAGACGACACCAGCACGAAUGGCGACGCCGACAGCAGCGUUGACGGGGAGACCGGUGACUGGGAAGCUCUUGGGAUGUUCUCGCGUUUCUUGGCGGCCGAGACGAGACAGUUCCUGCGGAAGGUCAAGGCGUCGUCUCGCGAGUCUGGCAUGGAUGACAGCUUGGAGGGAGAGGCCGGUUGCACAGCCGCGGACGGAGGGGCGGAAGAACGCGAGGCAGAGCUGUCUCGGCUGGCGGAGCUCUGGCUCGCGUGCCGGAGGGUGGCACAGGACGGCGCGGUGCGUCACCGCUUGCGCGCCGAGGAGUGUUGCGGGGAAGGCUACCGUCUGCUGCUCUGGAUGGCGGACAGGGCCGCCCGUGGCGAGCCCUGCGGCCGGAGGAUGUUCGCCGCCCUGGAGACGCUGUUGUCGCUUCUGCUCGAGCUGUGUCCCCUGCGCUUGUGGUCUGAGUUCCUGGAAUCUAAGGAUCUGGUGAGAGAGCUGCGGAACCAGCUGCACGGAUGCCUCGAAGUGAGCCGAAGCUCCGCCGAGUGGCGCUGCCUUCUCGACGCCCUUCUGGGAAAUCUGGUGCAUCGAACGCAGCCGCCGCAGUCGCCUCGAUCCACGCGGAGCGGCGGUGGCAAGCCAGAAUUUAAGAGAGGAAGGUUAUCUCAAAGCGGAACAAGCACCACCUCAGAGCACUCUUUGUCGGCGGAACAGCUGGGUUACGAGGGGGACUCUGAGUCGACCCCAGAGGACGACUCGGCAUGUCUACCCGAUGGCACCUCGGCCACCUCACGAGAAGCAGGCGACGUGUCUGUGACGUGCUACGUGGAGGUCUGCUCGCUGGUCCUCGACCUGGUGUGCCGGCUGUGUCCCGUCAAGGCCGGCGUGGUGCUGCACGCCGUACAGCGGCUCACCGCUCUCUGCUCCCAGCACUCCCUCCUCCUCAACCUUUUUGUGGAGCAGGGUGCUGUCGGAAAGCUGUGCCAUGGCUUGGGCUGCUUGCUGGAGAUGCGAGAGCUACCAGACUCUCCGGAACACCACACCUUAGAGCUUCAGGAGAGCCUGGUGACACUCUUGGUGCUGCUGUGUCGCCGAAGCCUGAGCUCCAGGGACCUCGUGGCGUACUUGCAGCUUCUUAGGGGACCUCGCUCUGCCUUUGGUCCCCUUCUACGUGGUCUCCUGGCCCUUUCCAACUGCGGGGACCGGGGCCCUCAGUGCUAUCUCAAGUUUCCAGCUCUUGGGGCCGACGACGACGACGAGGUUAUGCUGCUUCCUGGGGCCUCCCACGGCCCUGAGGGAGGCGCCGAGGGCGACGGUCCGUGGUCAGCAUCCGACCGUAAGCGUGGCGGUGCCUGGGGACAGGCGGUGUUGGUGCUGCCGGUGACGGACCACUCCAACUGGUGUCCCCGUGCCUCCGGCUUCUCUGUCUCUCUGUGGCUCUCACUGCGCAGCGGAUCCCUCUCGGGCCGCAAGUGUGCUCGGCUCCAUCUGGUGUCAGUAGGGUGCGGGUCCUUUCUCCUCGAAGCCUGGGCAGAGGACGUGGAGAAGGGUGACCUCUCGCUGUGGAUCACGCGAGACGCGUCGGACGACGGCGCCUGCCAUGGCGCCUCUCAGUGCAGCCUCGAGGGGGCGCUGUCUGGCCGCAGCUGGCACCACUUGGCGCUAUGCUACCGCGAGAAGGUGUCGCACGACAGCCUGAAUGCAUUGGUGACCGUGACAAUAGACGGACAGCGCGACCAGACCUGGGAACUGCCCUUGGAUGGAAUCGUGAGCGACCAGUGCUCUCAUCAGCCCGGUCCUGCCGUUCUGCUGGGCCAGAGCGGUGCAAACGACGCUUCGGCGUCCUCCCUCGGCACCGGGGAUUCGUGGGGACUUGGCAAUGUCAUGCUCUUUCAAGGAGCCUGCCUGGGUCCGGCUGAGUGCCUGGCGUUGCACGCGAGGGGCUCUGAUGCGGUGGCCCCGACGAGCUGCCUGCUGGACGAGAGGGAGCCCCUAGUGGUGGACGUCACUCCCGCGUCGGUGCGCUCCAGCGCCCCCACCUGGGCCCAGUUGGCGGGGAACCUGAGGGAGGCCCUGUCCACCAUCGAGGAACGGUUGUUGCUCUGGUUUUGUCCCCAACGAAGCGACUCCUUCGUGGCCUAUCCGCGACCAUCGCCGUUUUUGGCCUCGCUACUUGGACAAAGGAACGAAGGCAGACCUCGUGGCCUCCCUUCGAGGAGGGCGACGCUGCGACUGUCUCCCGUGCAGCUGCAGUGGGAACGCCACCUACACCACGCUGCGGCAGGCCUGGGAGGCCCCGGUCUCUUUCUCUUUCUCCUUGCCAGGGUGGUGGAGUGCACGACCGAGCCGUUGCCACAAGCGCUCGCUCUCGAGCUGAUGCUGGGGCUACUGCGGAGACCCGGUGCCACCUGGGGUGUGCCAAGGGCACUUCUGGGGCAGCAGGAGACCCUCGAUCUUCUGGGGCAACUGGUGGCGAACAGCCGCUGGGCCGCUGACUCCCCGCACUGCCUUCAGGUGGCGCUGAACGCCUGCACGAACCGGGCCUUGGUCCAGUGUGAUGGGGAAGGGGGCGUGCGUCCGGUGUCGCACCCCGCCGGCCAGGAGCCCCUCCUGGUGUGGCCGCAGCUACUGUGCGUGCUCGUGGAGCACUGGAGGCCCGGCCCCGGUUGGAGGGACCUGCUCGGCGCGGUCUGGGGGCUCGUCAGGGAGCGCCACCGCCACCGGGACUUCAACCUGGCCCAGGGGGCGCCGCUGUUGCACCGUCUGCUCGGACGACUCAAGCGUCUGCUCGUGGACGAGUGUUCUCCGAGCCUCGGCCCUCCCGGUACACUGUCGCUGGUGCUGAAGCUGCUCGGCGCGCUGGUUCAGCCGGCAGUCAGCAGUCAGCUGGCUGGACGUCUGAGCGCCUGUCUGGACCUGCUGCUCCUCUUGCAUAAGUCCUCGGACGCACACGUGGCACAAGGCCCCUUCUACUACCUUCCCGCCAUGGAUUGCAAGGGCACAGCUCCCCAGCCUCCAGUGGGGAGCGUGACGUCUUCGCCGUCUGCCAGCUCCCUCUCCGAGAGCCCUGGAGAUUUUCACCCCGCCUCUCGUCGGUCGUCUUCGCAGGAACCAUCGCCUGAGACGGAAAACGCCCCCGAACCGUCAAAGACGGAGGUGUCGGUUUCCUUCGAGGCGCUGGACUGCGCCGACGGCCAAAGCUUAGUCGACGCCAACUUGGCCUCGGUUCACGGGACCAGUCGCGAGAUGUGUCCCGUAUUUGCGAGGAGCAAGUCGGCGCCGCCGGGCACCAAGGGCACGGCGACGAAAGCGAUGGCGCUCCUGCUGUCCGGCAAAACAGGCGACCUCGACCAUGUAGAGGCGACGGACUCACUCGAGACAGGGUGUCCCUUCGGGAAGGGACGGAGUAGUCCACGGCCACUGAGUCCAUCUGCGGUGAAGCACGACUCGAAGCCAGCCAGCACUUGCCUCUGGGAGGAGGAGGAGGGGGAAGAGAAGAGUGCUGAUGACGACAUCACCGGACUCAUCAGAGGUCUCCUCACCCUGUUACGAGAUGUGCUGCUGUCCUCGUCAGAGUCCCUAGUCCAGGAGAAGCUUGAGCCCGUGGUGCGACCAGAGGCACUGCUGGUGUUGGCACACAACCGAGAUCCCAUCGUCCGCAACCAGGUGGUCUGUGCUCUGGAGGCGUACCUAGCCAAGAGUUCGCCGGAGAUGGAAUCUCGGUUCCUCAAGGCCAAGGGUUUCCAGCUCCUGGGCCUCCAACUGGCGCAGCACCCCGCGACGGCCACCCUGGUCCAGUCUUGCUGCCGCCUCCUCCUGGGACGUCCCGUGCUGCUCGCAAGGAAGAUUCCUCGCUGCACCCUGUCAAACCAAGCUGCCAGUCGUGCGUCGGUGACUCUGCUCUUGGCGCUGCUGCCCCGGACGGCCCAGAAUCCGGCCCUGUGUCACGGCACCCUGACGGCUGUCACCCAGCUGUGUGACUCGGUGGAAGGGGCAGCCCAUCUGCUUUUCUCCAACGGGCUCGGCGAGAGUCUGGCCAGCCUGGUGCUGUCGGCACCAGCCCAUUCUCCCUUCAGGCACAGCUCAGAUGCUGAAAAUGAGGCAGACAUUGUGGAGGCCAUCCUGUCCCUAUUGAGAACUCUCAUGCUCCAGACGUGCAGAGCCAUGACACAGCAGAGUGGGAAGCUGUCUACAGAGUGUUUUCACAGCCUGUGUGGACUUUUUGCGAGACUGACAGAGGCGCACACUACUUAUUGCGGUGGUGUGACCAGCCAACUCCUGGAGUGUUCGCAGGAUCAUUGGAUCCUAGGUGAAGAUUGCCGUGGGUCUCUCAUCUUCCGAGAGUGCCAGGCUCAGCUCUACCUGGCUGCACUGGAGUUGUUGUACGGGUAUGGGAGUGAAGUCAUUGCAGGAGCACCUGGCCCCACCUCUCCGACCCUGCUCGAAGCGUUUGCCAUCAUGGCUGCCCCGCUGGCCGGGGACUUGGAGGGACUGUCGCCCGACAUGCGGCCCAGCGACUCUCUCGGUUCGGCGUGGUUCCGGCCUCCCGAUACCGGACUAAUACCGGGCAGAGCCGCCACCGUUUCGACAGUGUCGCGCGAGCUUGGCGCCGUCUUCGUGCAGGCUUGCGAUUUCGUCGUUUACCAAGCAUUGCCGUGCCAGAGGUCACCCACUGAACUGGUACUGGUCAGCGUUCUCCUGAGAAAGGCAGUUGCUGGGAUUAUCCUAGCACAGGCAAGCCGGAAGUCCAAGCGCAAGUUGAACUCGCUGGAGCAACUGAUCUUCUCACUCAAGCACAUCUUUCCCAACCUGCUCUCCAGGCUGUGCGUGCACCUGUUUGCACCUGGCCAGGACCCGAGGCUCGGGCUACAUGCGGCCCAGACCCUGGUCUCCUGCGGUUCCUUUCAAGAAGCUCUCAGGGUGGCGCUGGGACCUUCAAACGAGAGCCGGACGCAGGUGAGGACUUUCACGCAAGACCUGCUCUGCUCAUUGACCCAAGAGGGCGCCAUAGAAGGUGCCACCCUGGACGUGGUUACGCUGGUGGCAGCCAUGUCGCAGGAGGCACCCAGCACGCUUCCGAGGAGCCCUAGCACGGAGAAAGCGGCGGGCGAGGCGGCGCAGAAGGCUCGCCAGCGCUGGCAGGUCCAGUGGGCGGCACAGAGAGAAGCCUGGCUCGUGCGAACUCCUUCGAUCAAUGACAAGAAGUCCAACUAUCAGCGGAAACUGGAGGCCAAGGCAUCCCGGGCGGCCGGCGAGGCUGCCAGGGUGACCCGCUCGGUGGCCGAACUGCUCCAUGCUUUGCGGAAGGAGCUACUGAGCGACGCCAAGGCACGCUCGUGCCGAGACCUGGUCCUGCGCCAAGCGUGGUUUCGGAUCGCCACGCAGCUCACGCACGAACGGGCCCCUUGGUACUUUCCCGAGAGCUUUCCGGCCAACUGGGAGCUCGAUCCCACCGAAGGACCGUCGAGGGUCCGUCGUCGACUGCGGCGUGCUUUCCUGGGCGUGGGACCGCAGUUCCUCAAGCCAGAGUUUCGCGGUGCACUCGGCAACCCCGAUACGGUGCCACCGCUGCACUUUCUGUACGACAGCGAUGCUUCUCAGGGCGAGUCGGCGACAUUCCUUCAUCACCUCUACAUCAACGAAAGGAUCACGCACACCUCAAAGUGCACCAGGGUCUUUCCAUCUUCUGAAAUGCAUGGAGAAGUGUUGCUCGGUGAAAACAGCCUCCAGUUUGUGCCUGAAGAGCUGGGGAAACACAAGUGUGCACUCGGCGAAGAGGAGGCGAGGCACGAGGUGUGGCCCUACGCGGAAGUGCAAGAGGUGCUGCUCCGCCGGUUCCGGCUGCGGGACAACGCCUUGGAGCUGUUCCUCCGCAACGGCGUCACAGCGUUACUGGCCUUCCAAACAACGCAGGACCGCAACGAGUUCUGCCGCCACCUGCGCCAGUGUCCACAGCUCCAGGUGCAGCCUCCCGAGGCGCUGGAGACUUUGAGCCAGCGUUGGCAGGAGCGGCGCCUCACCAACUUCGAGUACCUGACGCAGCUGAACAAGCUGGCGGGACGCUCGUUCAAUGACCUCAUGCAAUACCCGGUGUUCCCCUUUGUGCUGGCCCACUACGAGGGACACUCGCUCGACCUGGAAGACCCCUCAGCCUUCCGCCAGUUGGAGCGUCCCAUAGCGGUGCAAGACCCGUCACGAGAAGCCCACUACCUGCACAACUUCCGCGUGGAGCAGUCGACCUUGCCCGAGGAGCGCCUGCUGCCCUGGCUGGGACCCUUCCACUACGGCUCGCACUACAGCAACAGCGGCACAGUGCUCCAGUUCCUGGUGCGCCUGCCGCCCUUCACCCAGAUGUUCCUCUCCUACCAAGGUAACCAGUUCGACCUGCCCGACCGGACCUUCCACAGCCUGCACACGACCUGGCGGUUGGCAAGCAGGGACUCCACCACCGACGUCAAGGAGCUGAUUCCGGAGUUCUUCUACCUGCCGGAGUUCCUGGUCAAUGGGCAAGGGUUUGAUUUGGGUGUCCGUCAGACGGGUGAGGUGGUGUCAGACGUGAACCUUCCUCCGUGGUGCCGCGGGGACCCCCGCCUGUUUGUGCUGGUGCAUCGGCAGGCUUUGGAGUCGGACCACGUGACAGAACGGCUCGGCCACUGGAUCGACCUCGUCUUCGGCUACAAGCAGACGGGCAAGGCCGCCCAGGACGCCAUCAACGUCUUCCAUCCUGCUACCUACUAUGGCGUGGACGUCAGCCUGUUUGCCCACGACACCGUGAUGCAAGAGGCCCUGGAGACCAUGAUCUGUACCUAUGGUCAGAUGCCCAGGCAGCUCUUCAGCAGCCCACACCCACUGGUGUCGCUGCCCCUGGCCUCGGUGCAGCAGAGAAACGCUCCCCUGCCGACGACGCAGGUGGCGAUGGCCGAAGUCCGGGGCCUUCGGUGGGGCAGCUACGUCGGUUCACCGUCCGACCCCGCGCCGCGACUGGUCCUGGUGAGAGCGCCCCUUGGGGACCAGAGCCUCGUGGGGAAGCUGCUUCCCCUGCGCACCAACGACGUCUGGGGCCUGCCGCCAAACUCCUGUCUGCUGCUUGGCUAUAGCCACGACAAACAGGGUCCCAAGACUGCGACCCAGACGUACAUCUCGAGUACGGCGCUGGUGUCCUGGCAGCACGCAGACGGACUGGUUCGCCUCAAGUUGCACAAGGAGGAGGUGCCCGUGCCGCUACUGGGGCCCUGUCCCGGCGAUGCGGUGUCGUUGUGUUCCACUGCGCCAGACUGCCACCUACUGUUUGUGGGCUACUCUUCGGGGCUCGUCACCAUCCACAAAGUCCGGCUUUCCGGCACAAAGGUGGACAACACCUCCAAACCUGCGUGCCUGCUUGGCCACACGGAUGCCAUCACGGCGGUGCAGGUGUGCACGGCGUUUGGCCUCGUGGUGACCGCGAGUCGCGACGGAUCGUCCAUCGUCUGGGACCUCAACAGGCUCGAGUAUGUACGCACGGUGGUCGCGGGGCGUCGCCCCAUCUGUCUGGUGUGCGUGAGCGACACCCUCGGUGACAUCGCCACUGUCGAGGCCGACGCAGGAUCUCCCACAGGAAGUACACUGCACGUGCACACGCUCAAUGGCGUCUCGGUUGGGGAGCUGACCACUGACAUUCCUGUCAGUGCCCUGUGCUAUUCCGCUGCCAAUGAGGGCAUCUCCAUCAACGUGCUGGCUGCCGGCUUUACAGAUGGCCGUAUCCGGUGUGUACUCCUUGGGUAAUAGCAAAAGCCACAGCAGAGCCAUAGACAUAGUGGAG